CUCACAGACUUUUGAGCGCCUCGAUGUCGCCUGGCUAUCAUUCGCCCAUUGAGGGGCUGUUUUUAGGCCGAUAGAGAUCUAUGGUCGAAGAAGGAGGCAUCCCCAGGAUGCUCUUUUUUCAAUCCUUUCUUGAUAAGUCCAGUCGGCACCGUCACGAAAAGAAGACGAUUCGUCUUUCUUGGGAACCGAAGAGGCCAAAUGCCGUUGGCAAGAAAGGGCACCACCACCAAUCCAGACUUAGGCCAGCGGCAUCCCGUGUGCGAUCAAACCAGACGUGGCCAUGCCAAGAGACCAACAAUCUGAGCCAUAACGCAUUUGACUUUAUGGCAGGGUGAAGGUAAAAGGGCUCAGAAAUCAACAUGAUUUGGAAUCGAAGACUGUCGGUUUUGCUCCUGGCUCUGAUUAGCAUUGGCAAAUCUUCGGAGAGUGUUCCACUGCUGAGCAAUGAGAUCCCUUUUGGAGAUGGCUAUUUGAAGAGCUAUGGCAGCGAAAUCCUCGGUGUCGAUCAACAACAUCAGAUUGAAGAAGCAUUGGCUGGAUCCACAGAGGCCCGGAUAGCCUUCAUUUCGCCAGUGGACGGAAGGAAGUGUGUACUAGAACAUGAAUGCUCCAUUUGUGUGACCCAGCCUAGCGUUGAAGAGGUGGAAUCCCUGGAAUCGGGUUGUGAUCCCGAGACAAAAUUGAAAAAUUGUCGAAAAGACACGCGAACAGAGCCAUUAGAGAAAAGAGUGAAGAUUUGCAGUGAAAAAACGUCAAAGCAAUGUGAAUCGCCUUGUUUCAAUUGCCCAACAUUCUGUCGACCGCAAUCACAAUUUUGGUGUGAGGAUGAUUACAAGGUCUCUCAAUUGAAUGAACAAAUUUUGGAAAAUGGGAAGGUUAUUCACCGCGUCACGGAACAUCUUCAACUUCAAAUGAACUGCUACGAGCGAGACCUAGAACCCCUGUGCGCUCCAGUAAAUUGUCGAUUUCAGAGCCAAGGAUCAGAUUGUGUGGAAACUAUAAAGACAGUUAAUGUGACUUUGGUGGAUCAAAGUUGAGAACCUUGCCAAGUCAAAUUCGAGGAGAAAAUGGUCCACAAAGAAGUUUGCCGCAAAUCCGUUGCUAGACUUUGUCCUCAUCCCAACCAGAAUGGGCAGUGGGUUAAGAAAUGUGAAAACAAGCGGGAAAUAAGAGAGAACAAUUUGGACGAGACAGACAUCUUGGAGAAACUUUUUGAGAUGACAGCGGGACCAGUUCGGCAACUUUUUGAAAACGAAGCCAAAACUAAUAGCGAAAAUCAAACCUCAGAAACUGAAGUUAAAGGUUUUGAAGUGACACCCAUAAGUAUGGAAGAAGUGAUGAUAUUGAAUAACAGGGAGAUCUUGGAAAGAGGGAAUGGGCCUGAAAACUCACCAAGGCCCAGUUCCGGAAAAGUAACAACAACACCAACAACAACAACGCUUGCUCCUCAAACGACCAGGGAGACAAUUGCCAUAGUUACGGGUCGAAUUAUUUUGGAAAAGGACCAAGCUUAUCAGGAACCUGAAACCACCAGCACAUUCCGAAAUGAGAUUCCAUCACCGACCACGGUCUUUUUCGACCCAAGAUAUAAUCUUGUUCCGACUCAAGAAAGCCUCACGAACCUACCAAAGGAGACUGCACGAACGCGUACAGAAGAAAACGGAGAGCAAAAUUGUGGGGAAGCUAAUUGUUUCAUUACAAGUGGGACAAAACAAGACGAUCUUUUCUUGUCGGAGGAUGGUUCUAGUGCUUCUACAUCAAAAGGGUCAUCAAAUCCAGAAACGACAAUCAACGUUGCAGUUACAUCAACUAUCACGACGAAAGCCACUUCCACAAUUCCAACCACCACCACAACCACAACAACCACUGCAACCACUACAACCACUACAACUUCAACCACUACAACCACUACCACUACAACCACUACCACUACAACCACUACAACCACUACAACCACUACAACCACCACUACCACUACAACUACUACCACUACAACCAAUACCACUACAACCACAACCACUACGACCCUCCCUACAACCACCACAACCACCCCCACUACCAGUACAACAAGCACAACAAGCACAACAACAACAACAACAACAACAACAACAACUGCUACUACUACUUCAACAACGACAACCACGCUCACAACCACCAUUACCACAUCAAGUGCAAGCUCUACAACUACUCCAGCACCAGCGGCACUUCGACUCUCGACGAAAGAUCUCGUGCGAUUGUGUAUUACCCAUCAAAUUUGUAACGAGUGGCAAGUCCAGAAAUACAUGACGGACCAUCAAAUCCGUACAAGGCCUAAUUCGCCUCCUCCAGCUUCGCCUCCACCACCUCAAGUAGCUACUGAUACACCAGGCUCAGGCCCACGUCAACCCAAGGCAGUCAAUCAGAUUAUUCUGUCCCAAAUACAUCGAUGCAUUCAAACACCACAGUUUUGUAACACUAAUCUGAUCCCUAUGUCGAAGCCAAGGGCGAAGAGACCCAAUAACAAGCUCGGAAACGUUCUCACCCACUCACCAUCUACUCCAACAGCGACAACUCAAACAACGACCUCGACUUCUAGACCUCCAACAACCCCAUCUUCACGCAAUCUACAGCCAGCAGACUUUGCCCGGAGGUGUGUGGUGUCGGGGGAUUGUGAUCACUUUGGUGGUUCCAUCAACAGUUCCCAUUCCGACAACGUGGGAUUACCUUCGAGGCAACCAGCCAUUCGUGAGCAAAAUAGAUCGACGUUGAGUCAACAAGUGCGCCUUUGUCUCUUUCAUGGGGUAUGCAAGUGAUUUCCCAGUAGACCAGGCACAAGUUACUGCCAAAAUUAAAAUGUGUACUGUUUCCGUCAAUCAUGUACAACAGUGCGAAGUACACGAACCCGUCACCAAAAGGGGGUAUUUGGAGCUUCAAAAUGAAUAAUGUCACCUGACACUGCGUAUACGAGUAAAAGAAAGAAAACAAAAACUUAUCCUUCUUGAUUUCAGCAUUCUUUCAAAGAUCUAAGGUCUAUUGCAGAAAAAAACCGUCUCGAACCGUUAAUUGUUUGCCCAAAAGUUCUUCUAUGCUUGACGCAAAAUAAAAGGGAUGGGUGUACGAUUUCAA